AUGGUGACGUCAAGUCAAAAAAAACUAGGCGAAGGAGUUGUUAUACAAGUUGACAAAAAAUGUGCCACCAUAAGAGAAAAAAGAGGGACAGUAUUAGUAAAUGCCGAAGCACUAAGUGUGAACUAUCCAAGAAAAGAAAUGAGAGAAGUUUUUAAGAAUGAUGAUGAAGUUGUCUUCACAUUUAAACAAGAACAAGAUCUUGUGGCAACAUCAAUAGUUAAGAAAUCUGAUUUAAAAUAUGUUGAUGGAAAAAUAUCUGAAGCUUGUUCAAAAUUUUGUUAUGUUGAUUGUUCUCAGAAGAAAAUAGGAAAAAUAUUCGUACCCUAUUCCGCUCGUAGUCUAUCUUUAAAUAGAACCUUCAUGGGAAAAGGUGUGGAGAAAGGAAAAGAAGUUCAAUUGAAGAUCUUCCGCCAAUCCCAGCCUAAAAAUCAAUGCAUUUACAUAGCUUGGGGAAUUAAUAUUGCCGGAGAAGAGCGACCGGAAGAACAAAUUGAAUCACAGUAUGGAGCGAUUGUUCAUUUAGCUAGAGGAGACGAUAUAAUACUUUAUUCUGCUAAAAGCGGAUGCUCUAAAUUAUCAUAUUCUGAAUAUAAGCCUUGGAUGGAUCUUGGAAAGUUCGUCAAGUAUUCAAUAGAAAAGUUGCCUCAGCCUAUCGAAUGUGUGCCUAAAGUCCAGUACACAGCUAGUAACUGCGAAGAUCGUACUAAAUAUUUGAAAUAUAGUAUAGAAAAAAAUCUUACUGAUGAAACUAUGUUGCAUUUAUUAAAUGUUCCCGCAAUUGUUAAUAGGGUUUCCGCUGCUGGAGCUGCAUGGUUUUGGAAUGAUAACAUAGGUCGUGUAUAUUACAAUGGAGGACCCUAUUCUUUGAACUUGAAGCCGAUGGAUGUCGUCUCGUUAGAUAUAUUUUUCGCUAAAAACUAUGAAGAAGUUCCAUGGCAUGCUUCAUAUAUUGGAUCCGUUCCUGAGGAACAAAGGGAAGAAAUUCAAAAUAGUAUUGCUAGAUAUCUUCAUACCGAUGACGAUUGGACCGUCACUUUUGUCAGAGAACAAGGAACCACGUCAGAAUAUUUAUUUUUGAAUAACCCAAUUAUUGGAGCAGCCUUUGCCGGAUGGACGGAUUUCGCGGAAGUUACCAAUCGACCACCUCUCAGAGAAGGUGACAAAUGCCGAGUGACUUAUUAUUCUCAUUUCCGAGAUAAAAAAAAUUCAAACCGAGCAGUUUUAGUAACACCGUUAGAUCAACUAACUUUAUCUCAAGACUUACAUCCACUGUUAAAUGUAUCUAUAGAAGGAAGUGAACUGGAAUCGAAUGAAUCUGAAGACUCAAACACAAUUGAUCAAAUGACUCGUUUAUGUUCUGAGAUCUUACCAGCAAGAGAAAGUAGAAUAACUGAACUGUCUUUUUACCCAUCAGAAUAUAUGAUUAAUCCAUUUCGUAAUCCUAGUGAUACUAGUCAUUUAAUAAGUAAAGCCCCAUCAAGCUCUAAUCCAUCCUCUCAAGCCUCAUCGACGACGUUAUUUAAUACGGGUUUUACUCUCGACCAAACCUAUGGAACAAUGACUGACCUUUGGGGGCCCCCGCUAGGAAAAGCUGUAGAUACCAAAGCGACACAGACAGACGAUUUUAUAGAACAAACUAUUCUACAUGAAAUUCUUACUAACUGUCAAAUCGAUCUUGACAGGAACCCAACGUUGUUUAAAAAGAUUAUUUCUUUUUACCAAGUGUGUGGAAAGAAAUUGAAAUAG